AUGCCAAUUCAAAAUAUUAAAUCAAAUGCAUUAAUUUGUAUAGGAUUAAUUAUAGGCAUUGUCGUAACAAUUUCAAGAAAAUCAAUAAAAAAUUGGUAUAGUAAUAAUAACAAUAACGAAAAGGGAUUUAUAAAAAAAAGGAAUCAAACUGACAAAAGGAUACUGCGGCAGCAUAUUAGCAAAGAAAAUGAAGAAGAAAUAGUGGAAGGUUUAGAAGGUUUAAUUGGUAAUACACCUUUGAUGAAGAUUAAAAGUCUGAGUAAAGCUACUGGUUGUGAAAUCUUGGGAAAAGCUGAGUUUCUUAAUCCAGGAGGCAGCCCAAAAGAUCGGGUAGCAUUAAAUAUGAUUAAAAUUGCAGAAGAAAAAGGAUUAAUUAAACCAAAUACAGGAUGUACAAUAUUUGAAGGAACAUCAGGUUCAACAGGAAUAUCUAUUGCAAUGAUUUCACGUGCAAAAGGAUAUAAUGCAUGGAUUAUUGUUCCAGAUGAUCAAGCUGAAGAAAAAUACCAAUUAUUAGAAAAGUUGGGUGCAACUGUUGAAAAAGUUAGACCUGUUAGUAUUAUUGAUAAAAACCAUUUUGUUAAUUUGGCAAAAAGUCGAGCCCAGGAAUUUGGAAAAUCAAAUCAUAAUGAUGCUAAUGAUAACAAUGAAGAUAAUCCAACUGGAUAUUUUGCUGAUCAAUUUGAGAAUAUGGCUAAUUUUCAAGCUCAUUAUGAAACCACAGGACCUGAAUUAUAUAGACAAACAAAUGGAAAUAUUGAUGCAAUUGUUGCUGGUGCUGGUACUGGAGGAACAAUUGCAGGAAUUUCAAGUUAUCUUAAACAAUUAAUACCCAAUUUAAAAGUUCUUCUUGUUGAUCCACCAGGUUCAGGAUUAUAUCAUAAGGUUAAACAUAAUGUAAUGUAUUCAUCUUAUGAAGCAGAGGGUACACGUCGUAGGCAUCAGGUUGAUACAAUAGUUGAAGGUGUUGGAUUAAAUCGUAUGACUCAAAAUUUUAAUAUGGCACAUGGUUUGAUAGAUGAUGCUAUUCAAGUUACUGAUGAAGAAGCUGUAUUGAUGGCAAGGUACUUGGUUAAAGAAGAAGGUUUAUUUGUUGGAAGUUCAUCAGCAAUUAAUUGUGUUGGAUGUGUACGUGUAGCUAGAAAACUAGGUCCAGGGCAUAGAAUUGUAACAAUUUUAUGUGAUUCAGGUCAACGGCAUUUAACUAAAUUUUGGUAA